AUGUCCUCAAACCAAAGUACCAAUUCUUCAAAGUCUUCUUCCAGCUCUUCCAAUAAUUCUGAUAAUAAUAACCAACAAUCUAUUAAUGAUUAUAACCGACGUUAUGAAAGACGUAGACAAGCGAAUCGUGUAGUUGAUCGGAUGAUGGAUGAGUUCAUGGUGGCGAAUAAUUCAUUUGAAUUUUUUCAAAUGGCUAAUCAAGUUCCAAGAGCACCAAGGGUCCUUGUACAGAGGAAUCGUGAUGAUGGAAACGACCGUUUGUGGAAUGACUACUUUGCUGACCAACCGGUGUUCACCCCAUCUUUAUUUCGUCGGAGAUUUCGCAUGAAAAAGCAUGUGUUAAUCCGUAUAAUGCAAACUUUGGAAGAACGCCAUGAGUUCUUUCAGCAACGUUCGGAUGCUACCGGUAGACUCGGUGCAUCAUCAUUGCAAAAAUGCACCGCGGCUAUGAGGUUGCUAGCGUAUGGUACCGCUGCUGAUAGUGUUGAAGACUACUUACGGAUCAGUGCAUCUCUUGCUCGAGAUUCCUUACAACAUUUUGUUGAAGGGAUUGUGUCUUACUUUAGUGAUGAAUACCUCAGAAGGCCAACGGAAGCGGAUAUAGCAAGACUUUUACAAAUUGGAGAAGCAAGAGGAUUUCCAGGCAUGAUGGGUUCCAUUGAUUGUAUGCAUUGCCGAUGGAAAAAUUGUCCUCUCAGAUUGAAAGGGUUGUUCUCUGGAAGAGCUAAUAAGACAACAUUUAUUUUAGAAGCUGUGGCAUCGCAAGACCUUUGGAUCUGGCAUGCUUUCUUUGGAACGCCAGGUAGGUGUAAUGAUAUCAAUGUUCUUGAUAGAUCUCCAUUAUUUACAGAUGUCUUUGAAGGUCGCGCACCACCUAUUAACUAUGUCGUGAAUGGCCACCAAUACAAUAUGGGAUAUUAUCUCACUGAUGGUAUAUACCCAAAAUGGGCAGCAUUCAUUCCAACGAUAUCCCUCCCCCAAAACGAAAAGGAAGGUCUUUUUGCCAAAUUACAAGAAAGUCGGCGAAAGGAUCUGGAACGUGCAUUUGGGGUACUUCAAGCUCGUUUCGCAAUAAUUCGUCAACCUGCUCUAGCUCGUAAUACAUCAAUGCUUGGAAAAAUUAUGAUAGCUUGUGUUAUUAUACAUAACAUGAUUGUUGAGGAUGAACGAGAUACAUAUUUAAAUUAUAAGGACCCAAGUGAGUAUGACCAAGCCGUGGAACAACCUUCAUCCUCGAACAAAAGAAAUAAUGGAGAACCAUUUCAAUUUCACAACGGUGCUGAGAGGAUAGCAAAUUUGGAUACUUACAUGUCUAAUAGAGUUCGAGUUCGUGACGAAGUUAUGCAUAGAGCCCUCAAGUCGGAUCUGGUAGAACAUUUGUGGCUCAAAUAUGGGGGUAAUAAUAGGGAAGAAGGUAAUAAUAGGGAGUAA